AUGUUUCGACCCCUCCUACCCCGCGGUUGCUCUGCUCUUCCUCGACCUUCCUCCCUCUUUCACCAACUUCCCACUGCUCCAUUCUCUUCCACCUUUUCGUCCUCUAUCCAAUCCAACAUCAGAAACUCCGUUAGAGCUUUCUCAGUCUCAUCAAUCAACAUGGCCCCUCAAGUCUUCUUCAAGGUCUCUUGGUCUGGUCCCACCGGCUUCGAUAGCCAGGGCCGCCCCAACAACGAGAUCGCCGAGCAGGAGGGUACUAUCAAGUUCAACCUCUACGACGAUGUUGUCCCCAUCACCACCCGUAACUUCCGUGAGCUCUGCACUGGCCAGAACGGCUUCGGCUACAAGGGCUCUUCCUUCCACCGCAUCAUCCCCGACUUCAUGCUCCAGGGUGGUGACUUCACCCGUGGCAACGGUACCGGUGGCAAGUCCAUCUACGGCGAGAAGUUUGCCGACGAGAACUUCCAGAUCAAGCACACCCGCCCUGGUCUCCUCUCCAUGGCCAACGCCGGCCCCAACACCAACGGCUCCCAGUUCUUCAUCACCACCGUGAAGACCUCUUGGCUCGAUGGCCGCCACGUCGUCUUCGGCGAGGUUGCCGAUGAUGACUCCAUGCACGUCGUCAAGCUCCUUGAGGCUACCGGCUCCGGCUCCGGUGCCAUCAAGCCUGGUCUCAAGAAGCCCACCAUUGAGGACUCCGGUGAGAUCAACUAA